CUGCUCACUCCUGAAGUGCUUUUGUAAUACAAUCGCUGGGCACGGAAUGUCACUUUAAGGGAUAAGCUUUUUCUAUCGUGAAAAAGUACCAUGAUUACUGCUAUCCAUCAAUAGAAAUGAAGUGGAAGUAGCGUUCUCUCUUCUUUGAUUCAAGCUAGGUUAUAUCGUCGACGACAACUUGAGUAAUUAAUCAUAGAAACGAUGUCUUCAGCCGAGAAAUCCGGAAAGACAAAAAUCAAGAAAGGGCCUCCUGCGAAAUCUAAACCAUCGACACCAAAAGGAAAGGAUGCCCCUUUAAAUGAGGAGAAAUUCCGAGGGGACGGCGUCCACUUCAAAUGCAAGCUUCUUGGUUUGAAGGAAGUUAGUGGUCCAAGAGGAGAUACUAUUUGUAUUGAUGCGAUCAAGAAGUUAAAGCAACAAAUAAAGCAAACAGGAGAACACAAGCAGAAGAUUAUUAUGGCUGUCAAUUUGAGGGGAAUACGAAUUCUGGAUGAGAAGAGCAAGGCCCUUGUCUAUGAGCAUGCUAUCAAUAAAGUGUCAUUCAUCACCCAUGAUCCGGAGGAUAAGAAGAUCUUUGGCUAUGUAUGUAGUCAAGCAACAGGCCACAUGUUGUAUGCUAUCAAGUAUGACAAAGUGGCUGGUGUCAUUACUGCUACUCUAUAUGAACUCUUUCAAGUGGUUUUCAAGCUGAGACAAGAGGCUGCCCAGCGAAGGAAUGCCCAGAAUGAUGUCAGUCAAGCUGUCACUAAUGGCCCUAACAAUGCAACUGCACAGAUGGACACCAACAUUUAUGAGGAACCAGCAAGAUCUACCCCUGACACACCCUCUUCAGCUGAAAAAGCUCCUGAUGCACAUUACAAGGUUCCAUCCUCUAGACCGCUACCCCCGGCACCCUACGGUUCAGCUAAACAGGAUCAACAGGAAACAGAAAUAACUAACAGUCAAGCGCCUGAUACUCCGACGUCAUUGACAUUCGCAUCAGAUUCAUUAUUUGGUACUGCUGUUAUUAAUCAAGGCGAAAAUGCUGCGGAAACAGAAUCUUUAUCAUCGAUGGACAUGAUCAGGAAGGGUUCCAUCUCAUCACAGUCAUCUGACACUAGAAGUGUGGACUCUAAAACUAGUGCCGGCCAGGUGAUUGCCAGCGAAGCUGCUUCAACUCCUCCCAUAAACAAAGCCAAAGAUGAACAGGUUGUUCUCAAAACUGCAGGAUUCCACACUUCCUUUGAAGAAGAACCAAACUACGAGACUAUACAACCGGGUGAUUACGAGACCAUCCCGAAUUUCCCUGCAAAGGAAACGAAAGCCAAAAAAAUUGUAGACUUCAACAAAUUUUCCGAAUCCGAUAAUGGGGAUGUUAAUCUCGAUGGUAUUGAAGAUGCCAAGUCUAGCAAUCCUUCAGGGAACGAAAGUGGCUUUGCUCGUUUUGAUAACAAUGACAUGUUUGCCUCAUUUAGUGAUGGUUUUGGGACUCCAAACUCUGCCCACCAUACCCCAAAAGAUGACCCAGUUGCACCCAGCGCAAGCGAGGAGAGUAAAGACACACUUGCUUCUAUUAACGCAUUUGAAAGCGAAUUUGGAUCAGACGAGUUCUCCAAGUCUGUCCCAUCUCAAGAAAAACAAAAAGAUGACCUAGGUACACCCAAGGAAGAGGACUCAAAAGCCGAACAAUUUCAUUUAUCGUGGAGCACAGCAUUUGACGAUGAGCCAGAUGAAAAAAUUGAAACGCAAAAGCUAGACUCAGGGGCGGUCUCCUUUAGAUGGGAUGAUGCGUUUGGUUCUUCUGUUAAUCAGGCAGAAGCCACACAAGAUUGGACACAGGCUGUCAAGGAAGGUGAAGUCAGUGAAGAAACGAAAACAGCCAUGUCAUUUGAUUGGGAUGAUGCCUUUGGUAUCGGGUCAGCCGAAGAAAAGAUAGAUGGCGCUGUUGAAGGCAAACAGUUAAGUGAUGCAGUUACUAAUGCCACAGACGAUGUUCAAGCAACUCUCGAAGGGAAUGACCAGAAAGUAAUAUCGGCAGACAAACUGGAAGGGAGUGAAUCGGUCCCUUGGGAUGCCUUCGGACAGGAAGAACGUAGACUACCAGAUACUGCAGAACAAAAAGAUACCAAAGAACAAGUUUUAAAGCAGGGACUAACGUUGGACCUCUCUUGGGGUAGUGCAUUUGUAGAUAAGGAAACAACUAAACAAGAUAAACAGAAACCAAAAGAAGAUAAUAAAAUGGAAAAUGUUUCCAAGCCCUUAAGCGACUUGGACUUCUCUUUGAGUAGUGCAUUUGGAGAGAAAGUCACAGAGAAACACGAAAAGCCGAAACUAGAAUAUUCCAAUGGAAAUAAAGCUGUCAAGAUAGAAACAGAUUCAAAAGAGAAACAGGAUGUGGAAAUCUCUUGGAGUAACGCGUUUGGAGAUGAGGCCAAUAAACAAGACGCGGAAGAAGUAAAGAUCGAGCCUGACACUCCUUUGGACAAUGCGUUUAGAGAAAAUGACCUAGGAGACGUCAAGUCGAAUAAACCUGAAGAGGCAUUCACGUGGAAGGCAGCCUUUGGUGUGGCUGAAAAUAAAAGUGCUAGCGAAGAUGGUGCAAAUACGCAAAACGCAUUUGGAGAAGGCUGGGGUGCAUUUGAUUCAGAAAAUAAAAAAGGUAAAGAUAGACAGAACGAUACAAACAUCUUUGCCAACUUUGGAAGCCUCCAACCAGAUAUCUUUCAGCCAAAUAAUAAUGUCCAUAAAGCUCCUGUCGCCGCCAAUGACGAAAGCUCAGAUGCAGAUAAAUUAGGAUUAGAUCCUGACUCCACGAAGAAACCUACCGAACCCAUAUAUAUCAACAGAAAAUCCCUGUCAUCACCAGAGCCUGAGUCGGCCGUUGAACUCUCUAGACCAGACUCCCUUACCAUGGAAGCACCUACAACUAAAACUGAUCGACCCCUAUCACCAUCAGCUCCACCACCACUACCUCCGAGACCGGUUGGUGCCCCACCCUCCCUCCCCCCAAGACCCCGCACUAGGCCUCUCCCUCCUAAAAGUGACACACCACCUCCACCACCACGCCCAGCUGCUGAUGAGUCUCAAGAGAUGUCAAGGACGAGGGGACCAAAAGAUGGAAGGAAGCCUCCACCGCCGCCCCCUCCACGGGUUGACCUGGAAGGAGCGGUAGUAGGUGAUACCAGUGCCCCUCCGUCAGCUGUUGCGUCAAUACCAAACACUUGGGAAACAUCUGCUGAUACAACAGGAACCGGAAACAAAAGCACAACUUCGCCAGAUCCAUUUGGAGACGACUUCUUCACCGAUUUCAGUUUCUCUGCAAAAGAAUCUGUAAAAACAAACAAUACAAACCAGGAAAAGUUCUUGUCAGAUCCAUUUGCUGACAAGAACGGCGAGAAUGAUGCUUUUGCUGCAUUUGGUAGUGACACAUUCGAAGCUUUUGGGUCAAGCACUGACAAACAGGACUCUGGGUUUUCUGGAAUACCGACAAUGGAUCCCUUCAGUGAUACCAGCGACCCAUUUGCAGACAAAGCUGUUAUGGAGGACCCAUUUGCUGUCAACGUCAAGGAUGCAGAGUUUAAGACAAACGCAUUCCAGUUAAAUGAGGAUCCUUUUAAUGAGGAGGACUCUUUCGCCUGAGGUAGUUAUGGGUCAUGUUCAAUACAGCAAUGUUCAGGGUGUCGCUGGACUACUGCCAUAUGACAUUCCCGAAGGAUAUUCUGAUUAAGUGAUGUAUAGUUAGUAUGACCAGAUUAAUAAUAAUUUGUAUAUACCAUUUAUUUGUACAUAUAAUAUCAAUCAGAACAGUAUAUUUUAUUAUUGAUUUCGAUAAAGAUUUAAGAAUAUAACUAGGAUCUUACCUAAAAGAGAUGUUUGUACCAUUUUAUGCCCGAUUAAAAAGUUGUUAGUGCAGAUUACUAGUAUAUUUAGGGAAUGGCGUUGUUUAUUUUUCUAUACAAGAUGCAUGCUUAGGAGACAAUUAUGCCAGAACUGCUAUAACAAAACUGACUGUACAUUCAGAAGUUGUUUGAAUAGAUAUUCUUUUAUUGUACAGUGAAACUUUGAUCGCAAGAUUGUUUUGGUUGUCCCCUUUAUUUCUAGUACUAUGGGGAACCUAAACAGUAGAAAAGCACUAAGGGGAAACUCGCUCUUAUACAGUUUUCCUAUUGUAUUUGUCUAUUAUUAAAUUGAAUAAAAAAGUAAUUGUUA